GUUUAUCGUUUCACAGUUUCAGGUUUUGGCGUCAAGCAACCUACUACAAACCCCUUUAACGAGAGACCUUCUAAUUCCACAAGAAGGUUAGGACUUAGGAGAAUCAUCCAGCUUUCUCCUUAAACCACCUAGCUGACUCCUUUUAAUAUCACAGGCAAGUCAUAUAAAUGAAACUGAGACUGAAGUUGAUCAAACCAAAUGACAAACCUGAAACCUCCACUUAUAAAAAAAAAAUGGAAAACCUUUUUUUUUUUAAAUGGCAAACCUUCCCUAUAUAGUUCAUGAAUAUUCCAUUAUGUUCAUUUAUCUAUAUUUUAUUUUAUUUUGGUAAAAUUAUCUAUAUAUACAUUCAAGGUAAACAUGUUAAAUAUGAGAAAUGCCCUUUUCUUCAUCCCACUUGACUAGUAGUAAUGUUCCAGAUGCAGAGAUGCUAUCAUUCACUAUAGUCACACAAUUCAGAUCGGCAAAUUCAGGCGAAUCAUGAAAAAAUCCAGAUACAAAAAGGGCCACAUUAUAAUACUUCUAUAAACUUUUUGUUUGUAGUUCGAAUUAAAUAUAAACACAGUCGUCGUGACAACUCAUGGUAAACCACAUGGGUUUGGUUUAAGAUCGUGCAAAUGGCACACUUGAUUAAAAAAAACUGAUUAAACAGAAAAGCUUGCUGAAAAAAAACAUGAAUAUAAAGUAUAAACUCCAGAUUUCAUCUUUAACGAAACAAAAACUUUUCAUUUCAAAAAGUUUACCCAAAAAGAAAAGAAACUUUUCAUUACAAAUUAAUACAAAAAUACAAUUAAAAAGCGAAGAAGAAGACAUAAUGAAAAGAUGAAAAACAUUAUUAGAAAGAAAGAAAUAAUGACAUCGUCGUCGUUACUGUCACCGUCUUCUUCGCCUCUCCGUAAGAAACGCCGUCUCACUCACUUCUUCUACACCGUCCUCGCUUUCAUCCUCCUCGCCGCCUUCAUCUACUGCCACGAUUUCCUCUUCUUCUCUCGCCGUUCCCUUCACUCCCCGACGACUACGACGAUCCUCCACCAAGUAAACGACCCUCCUCCUCCGCCUCCUCCUUCUCCUCCUCCUCCGCCGCCACCGACACCAUCUCCUCCGCCGCCUUCUCCUCCACCUCCAGCUUUUGCGGUGGGGAAGACGCCGGAAGGAUGCGACGUGUACAGAGGGCAUUGGGUCAAAGACAAGUCAACGCGGCCGUUAUACAAAGAAUCAGAGUGUCCGUACAUCCAGCCGCAGCUCACGUGCCGCGCGCAUGGCCGUCUCGAUACAGACUACGAUUCGUGGAGAUGGCAGCCUGACUCCUGCUCCCUUCCCUCGUUCGACGCGAAGAUGAUGCUGGAGAGUCUAAGAGGGAAGAAGAUGAUGUUCGUCGGAGACUCCUUGAACAGAGGGAUGUACGUCUCUCUCGUCUGUCUUCUCCAUUCUCAGAUCCCGGAACAUUCCAAAUCAAUGGAGACCUUUGGUUCCCUCACCGUCUUCUCUCUCAAGGAUUACAAUGCAACGAUUGAGUUCUACUGGGCACCGUUUCUCCUCGAAUCGAAUUCGGAUAACGCUACUGUUCAUAGAGUGUCGGAUCGGAUCGUGAGGAAGGGCUCUAUCAACAUUCACGGUAGGCACUGGCGUGGCGCUGACGUUGUUGUGUUCAAUACCUACUUGUGGUGGAGGACUGGUUUCAAGAUGAAGAUCUUGGAAGGUUCGUUCAAGGAUGAGAAGAAGAGGAUCGUUGAGAUGGAGAGCGAAGAUGCUUACCGUAUGGCACUCAAGACUAUGGUUAAAUGGGUGAAGAAGAAUAUGGAUCCGUUGAAGACGAGAGUCUUCUUUGCUACCAUGUCCCCUACUCAUUACAAGAGCGAGGACUGGGGAGGGGAGCAAGGGAAGAACUGCUACAACCAAACGACGCCGAUCCAAGACAUGGACCAUUGGCCAUCAGACUGCAGCAAAACGUUGAUGAAAGUGAUCGGAGAGGAGCUAGACGGGAGAAAGGACUUUCCGGUGACGGUACUGAACAUUACGCAGCUCUCAGGGUAUAGGAAAGACGCGCACACGUCGAUAUACAAGAAGCAGUGGAGCCCGUUGACGAAAGAGCAGCUAGCCAAUCCGGUUAGCUACUCGGAUUGUAUACACUGGUGCUUGCCUGGUCUUCAAGAUACUUGGAACGAGCUUCUCUUUGCUAAGUUAUUUUAUCCUUGAUUCUUUUUUCUUUUCUUAAGAUUUCUGAUUUUUUUUGGAAGUUAUGGUUUUUCUUUUUUUUGUUAAUUAUGUAUAACGCUCUUGUUAUACGAAGAGGGUGAAAGAGUUACCCUCUCCUGUUAUCUAAUAUCAAACUCAACAGAUGAGUUUCAACACUUAUUGAAAGAGUAAAAGACUAGAAAGUUACUAUA